GCCGCUCAGAGCUGCAGCGACCCGUCGCUCCCCAGACGACCCCGCCGACCCAGCCGGACAACGCGGCUGGCCCCAGAGGAGGAAGAGCGGCCCCGGGUCCGAACCUGGGACCCUCCACGUGGACGGGGCGGACGGUGUGGAUAGGAGCCCGGGAAACCAUGGGGACCCGGGCCGGGCCAGCAGUGGCGGGCCAGCGGGAGCCCCGGGUUUGAGGAGCGGGCGUUGGGGGCCAUGACCUCGGUGUGGAAGCGCCUGCAGCGUGUGGGCAAGCGGGCAGCCAAGUUCCAGUUUGUGGCCUGUUACCAUGAGCUGGUGGUGGAGUGUACCAAGAAAUGGCAACCAGAUAAGUUGGUGGUGGUGUGGACCCGGCGCAACCGACGCAUCUGCUCCAAGGCCCACAGCUGGCAGCCAGGCAUCCAGAACCCGUACCGAGGCACUGUGGUGUGGAUGGUGCCUGAGAAUGUAGACAUCUCCGUGACUCUAUACAGGGACCCCCACGUGGACCAGUAUGAGGCCAAAGAGUGGACGUUUAUCAUUGAGAAUGAGUCCAAGGGGCAGCGGAAGGUGCUGGCCUCUGCCGAGGUGGACCUGGCCUGCCAUGCGGGGCCCUUGCCUGCCCAAGUUCCGCUGCGGCUGAAGCUGAAGCCCAAGUCAGUGAAGGUGGUACAUGCUGAGCUGAGCCUCACUCUCUCGGGGGUGCUACUGCGGGAGGGCCGUGCCACGGACGAUGACAUGCAGAGUCUUGCAAGCCUCAUGAGCGUGAAGCCCAGUGACGUGGGCAACCUGGAUGACUUUGCUGAAAGUGAUGAGGAGGAGGCCAAUGGUCCAGGGGCCCCUGAGGCCCAGGCCCACAUCCCCCAGCCAGAUCCCUCUCGGGAGCUGAAGACACUCUGUGAGGAGGAGGAGGAGGGCCGAGUCCAGUCUCGGGAGGCAGCUGCCAGCCCUUCUAGUACUGAGGAUACCAGUCCGGCCCCUGUGAGUGCCCCUGUGCCCCCAACCAGGGCCUCCCGGGGCCAGGGGUCAGAACAAGCUGCUGUAGCAGGGGGCCAGGUGGGGCCCAAGGUCCCCAGGCCCCCGGGAAGCCCACCGGAGAUGAGGUCUUCAGGACAGUCAGGCCAGGAUGUGGCCCCCACCUCAGCCCCUUGGCUCCAGAAAGGCUCUGAAGCCCUCUGGCCCCCAGUCUCCCAAAGGGGGGAUGAGGCCUCCAAAGCCCCAGGGGCUCCUCCAGCAGGAAUGGGCUCUGCUGGGGAGACUCAGACCUGGACAAGCCUGCAGGAAGGAACAGAGGCCCAGAGAGCUGGGCUGGACCCAGGCAUUGAGGACGGAGGCUCCAAAGACUCUUUGGGAGGGCAGAAACCCAAGGUUGAGGAGGUGGACACUGGGGACAGGCCAGAGGCUAGCAGGGUGGGCAGUGAGCACGGGUCAGGAGUUACAGAGGUGAACGCUAAGAGCUUGGAGGUCAGAGCUGGGGAGGCUGAAGAGAGUUCUGAAGUUAGUCAAGUGGAUGCUGAGCAGAGGCCAAAGGUGAGACACGUGGACACUGAGGGACCAGAGGCUAUAGGGGUGAUGUCUGAGGCAAGAUUCAAGGGCACUCUUGAGGCUCCUCGAAGGUGCUCCCAGGGGAGGACAGGGCUGGGGAGCAGGGACAAGGCUCCCACAAUCCUGAGCCCACCCCCAGCAGAGCCUACAGGGCACUCCAGGCAUCUCAGUGACCUCAAGAGGGCCAGGGCUCCUGCAGGCCAGGAGAGAGAGGGUGCAACGGUGAGGGGUGGAGUCCCUGGUGUUGGGAGGACACACCUGGAGCAGGGUCCCUCUGUUGGAGCAGCAGCUGCAGGGCCCCAGAUGAGCAAGUGCCAGGAGGCCCCACCAGCAGGUGACCAGGCGGCGAUGUCUAGGGAUCUGGGGGUCUGGGAGGCAGAAGCUGGGGAUUUGAGGGUCCUGGGAACAGAGACUUGGGUGGUAGAAUCAGAGGUAUUGGGGACCCAGGAAACAGAAGUGGGGGGAUCAGGGUUCUUGGAGAGAGAGACUGGGACAGCAGAAACAGAGAUAUUGAGAGCCCAGGAGAUAGAGGCUGCUGGGAUGGCAGAGUCUGAAGAACUGGGGCCCCAGAAAACAGAGAUGAGGGCUUCAGGGGCCCCACGGACAGAGAGUGGAAUGGCAGAGUGUGAGGUACUAGGAACCCAGGAAAUAGGGCCUAGGGGUUCAGGAGUUCUGGGGACAACGACUAGGGUGACAGAGACUGAGAUAUUGGGGACCCAGGAGAUAUCUGGGAGUUCAGGGAUACUGAGGAUAGAAGCUGGAAUAGCAGAAUCUGAAAUAUUAGGGGCCCAGGAGACAGAGGUGGGAGGUUCCAGAGUGCCAGAGAUAGAAGCUGGGAAGGCAAAGGCUGAGAUAUUAGGGACUCAGGAGAUAGAGGGAAAGGUUUUAGGGGUCCCAGGGAUAGUACCUGAGACAGCAGAAGCUGAAAUAUUGGGGAUCCAGGAGAUAGCAGCUGGAGAUUCGGGGGUCUCAGGGCCAGAGGUUGGAAUGGCAGAGGCUGAGGAAAUGGGGACUCCACAGAUGGAGACUAUAGUUUUAGAGGCUGAGAAGGCAAAGGCUGAGACUUCAGAGAUCCAGAAGGCAGAGGCUAGGCUCUGGGGAGCCCUCAAAUAUGAGACUUCAAGGGCUCCAGUCACUGAGCAUGUAGUGUUAGGGUCCCAGGGGACAGAGGCAGACACCACAGUUUUGCAGGUCCAAGAGGUGGAGGCUAGGGUUUUGGGAGUGUCAGAGGCCAGGUCUGAGAUUUGGGGGUCCCAGGAAGCAAAUAUGGAGGUUUUAGGGCCCCCAGAGAACCAAUCUGGUAUCUUUGAGGCCCAGGAAGCAGAGGCUGGGGUCUCAGGAACCAAGAAGGGAAAAGAAGCUGAGGGAAACCUCCCAGAGGCCAGCCUGGCUGAGGCUCAGGUGGCCAGUGGGGCAGAGGCUGGGGUGCCCAGGCCCUCCGGGGCCUCAUCCCCAGAGGAGCCUGAAGAGGACGGGAGGCUGCUAGGCAGCCAGGCACCACCUGCCCUGGUCAGCUCCAGCCAGUCCCUUCUGGAGUGGUGCCAGGAAGUCACUGCUGGCUACCGUGGUGUCCGUGUCACCAACUUCACUACAUCCUGGCGCAACGGCUUGGCCUUCUGUGCCAUCCUGCACAGAUUCUACCCAGACAAGAUUGACUACAUGUCCCUCAACCCACUCAACAUCAAACAGAACAACAAGCAGGCCUUUGAUGGCUUCGCGGCCCUGGGCGUGUCGCGGCUGCUGGAGCCGGCUGACAUGGUGCUACUGUCGGUGCCCGACAAGCUCAUCGUCAUGACUUACCUGUGCCAGAUCCGCGCCUUCUGCACCGGGCAGGAGUUGCAGCUGGUGCAGCUGGAGGGCGGCGGUGGCGCCGGAACGUACCGCGUGGCCAGCGCCCAGCCGAGCCCAGCCGAGGACCUAGACGCCGGAGGCUUGGCGCAGCGGCUUCGUGAGCACCGGGCCGAGGCUCCCGAGGAGCCCAAGGAGGCCGAGAACAGCCCGGACAGGGCGGCCCCCGAGGCGACCUCCAACGACCGCGCGGCCGAGGCCGCCCAGGAGGCGCGCCCCUCUGAGGUCCCUGCCGAAGGUCCCGGAGCCCGGGCGUACGUGCCCCCGGCGGAGGGGCUAGCGAAUGGGGCCGGGGCACCGGGCGUCGGGGGCGGCGUGAGGCUGCGGCGGCCGUCGGUCAACGGGGAGGCCGGGCCGGUGCCCCCGCCCCGCGCGCACGGCUCCUUCUCCCACGUGCGCGAUGCGGAACUGCUGAAGAAGAGGCGCUCACGGCUGCGAAACAGCAACUCCUUCUCGGUGGAUGACACGGACUCAGGAGCCCCAGGGGCUGCGGCCACGGAAGGCCUGAGCCCUGAGCCCAGCCCUGCCUCUGGCCCAUCUGUAGCUGCAACCCCACAGCAGCCCCCUGGUGAAAGUCCCCCAUUGGAAGAGCCACCCCCAACCCCAGGGGAGGAGUCUGGGCUGCAACGGUUCCAGGACACAAGUCAGUACGUGUGUGCAGAGCUGCAGGCCCUGGAACAGGAGCAGAGGCAGAUAGAUGGACGGGCAGCCGAGGUGGAGACGCAGCUCAGGAGCCUGAUGGAAUCAGGUGCCAACAGGCUGCAGGAGGAGAUGCUGAUCCAGGAGUGGUUUACACUGGUCAACAAGAAGAAUGCUCUCAUCCGGAGGCAGGACCAGCUGCAGCUGCUCAUCGAGGAGCAGGACUUGGAGCGGAGGUUUGAGCUGCUGAGCCGGGAGCUACGGGCCAUGCUGUCUGUCGAAGACUGGCUGAAAACGGCCGCGCAGCAGCACCGAGAGCAGCUCCUGCUGGAGGAACUGGUGUCGCUGGUGAACCAGCGCGACAAGCUGCUCCGGGACCUGGACCACAGGGAGCGGACCGCCCUGGAGGAGGACGAGCGUCUGGAGCGCGGCCUGGAGCUGCGGCGCCGCAAGCUGAGCCGGCAGCUGGGCCGGCGCGAACGCUGCGCGCUGAGCUGAGUCGCCGCCCUGCGGGCCCGCUAGGGCCUCUGCUGCGCCGCCCCCACCUUUGCUCGGGAGGACCGGCCGCCUGGCCGCCGCAUUCAGGGCCCGGCGUCGCCCCUUUGCGGGGAGGAGUGGAGCGGCCCGUCUCCCGGCGGACGGGAGACGCAGGACGGCCGCGCCGGCCGGGCCGUAUUUAUU